AUGACAGGAACUAAUCUUAUUAAACAAUUGAGAGAAAAAAAUAAGCAUGAUGCUUGGAUUAAUUUUUUGAAAUGGUUUUACGAUAAAAAUGACAAGUACUACCAGGAUUCGUUUGGUUUGAAAUCAAGUGAAAAUGGUGAUUCUUUUAAAAAGGCAAUUUUAGAUAGUUAUACUACUAAUAAGAAUAUAGAAUCCUUUUUAAGUGAUAAGAGCAAAUUAGAAAAAUUAUUAAAAUUAUACUAUUUUGGAGAAAAUGUUGGGGAUAUUAAAAAUAUAUUGGAUAAUCAAAAUCAUGAUAGUUACAAAAAUGCGUGUGAAUUUGUCAAUGAAUGUCUUCAUAUAUUUAGAGAGCUUAAAAAAGAUUAUUGUGAAGGUGACAUAACAAGUAAUUAUAAAGGUGGUACUGUUUGUAGCCAAUUAGGGGAAUUUCUCAGUAGAUAUGAAUAUAGUCUUUACACACCUUUAAAAAGGCAUAAUAAAAUGUCAUCCCUAGUGAAUUAUCCAGAAUCAGCACAAGUAAGGUGUGAUUUAAGUUAUUCGUUGUUUUUUACCCCAUUUUUGAGUUUAUAUAAGGCAAAUUCAGAUGAAUUUACAGUAUUCGGAAAUUUUGUUGUUUCUGGUUUUGUCAUGUUUGCCGUAUACUUAAUUCUGCUAAUUUUGUACAAGUUUACACCCAUCGGACUGAGAUUCAGCCCUGAAGGACAAAGAAAAGCAAGAAGAAUAUGGAGAAAAGUAGAAAUGGAACAUUACAGAAAUCCUGGAAAUAGCUUAUACAGUGAUGAUGAACAAUCUAUGUACUCAGACAAUUACGGGUCAGCGAACACAUUUGUGUAUGGAAAUAAUAGAUAUUAUUAA